AUGGUUCGAAUUCCUUUAUUGGUGCUACCCAUUUUUGUCUUGCUGAUUUCCUUUCCAGUAUCAAAUUCAAUAGAGGUAAGCGUGAGGCAGUCACUAGUGCAGUUCAUGCAGAAACUUUCAUCGGGAAAUAGGCAAAAUGACCAGAAUUGGGGUUGGAACAUGACUUCAGACCCCUGCAAUGACAAUUGGGUGGGUGUUUCCUGUGACUCACAGUUUCAAACAGUAACAAAGAUAGUUCUCGAUGAUUUCAAUUUUACUGGAUAUUUUGAUGCCAGUUCUCUAUGCAUGCUAAACUCUCUUGUCGUCUUGAGUCUGACAAGGAACAACGUUGGUGGUUCGGUACCUGCAGAGAUAGGAAACUGCGAAGGUCUAACUCACUUGUAUCUAAGGCAUAAUCGAUUCUCCGGUCCUAUUCCUGAGACUCUUUCACAGUUGAGUAACUUGAAAAGGCUUGAUAUCUCCAACAAUUAUUUCUCUGGUGAGAUUUCUGGUCUCUCUCGAAUUUCAGGGUUGGUAUCUUUGCUUGCUCAAGAAAAUCAACUUAGUGGGGUAAUACCGGAUCUCGACUUCUCCAACCUUCAGGAAUUCAACAUCUCACACAACAAUUUUACAGGUCGAAUUCCUGAUAUCCCGCGCAGGUUUUCUGCAGACAACUUCAUUGGUAAUCCAGGACUAUGCGGAAAACCACUAAAUGAAUGUCCGGCUUUAGCUGCUCCAGCGCCGUCACCAGUAGCAGAAGCUCCAGAAUCAUUUAAAAAUAAAAUCAAGCUUAUUAUAUUUGCCUUCGCUAUCAUAGCAAUUAGCUAA